AUGGCGAACUCGAAGUUGCUGAUGUCUGAGCUAAACGAAGAAGAGACCAUGGUCCCUGAAACGGCGCGGUUCGAGGAGCUACUCCUGCAGGCUUCCAAGGAGCUCCAGAAAGCCCAGACAACCAGACCAGAGUCUACACAGAUCCAGCCUCAGCCAGGCUUCUGCAUAAAGACCAACUCACCGGAAGGGAAGAUUUUCAUCAACAUCUGCCACUCGCCCUCCAUCCCUCCUCCCGCUGAUGUGACUGAAGAUGAGCUGCUGCAAAUGCUGGAGGAGGACCAAGCUGGGUUCCGCAUCCCCAUGAGCCUGGGGGAACCUCAUGCGGAACUGGAUGCAAAAGGCCAAGGCUGUACUGCCUACGAUGUAGCUAUCAACAGCGACUUCUACAGGAGAAUGCAGAACAGUGAUUUCUUGAGGGAGCUUGUGGUCACCAUUGCCAGAGAGGGCCUGGAGGACAAAUACAGCCUGCAGCUGAAUCCAGAAUACCGUAUACUGAAGAAUCGGCCUUUUCUGGGCUCUAUUUGCCAGCAGAACAUCCGCUCCCGGCAACAUCCUCGGAUCCAAGAGCUGGAGAAUCUGCCCAUGGAGAGCUACAGGGCAACUGAGACAUGUCUGGAGAAGCCUCCCGUGAGUCUCUGGCUGGAAGCCCCUGACCUCCUCUUGGCAGAAAUUGACCUUCCUAAGCUGGAUGGAGCUGUGGGUCUGUCGCUGGAGCUUGGGGAGAACCACCUGGUGAUAAAGGGGCCCCAGCAGUUGUACCGCCUGGAUGCCUGCAUCCCCCUUCGGAUCAACACUGAGGAGAGCAAGGCAGCCUUCCACCGGAGAAGGAAGAAGUUGAUGGUGGCGAUGCCCCUCUUGUCGGUGCUGUCGAGCCACGGCCACCGCCUCCGCAUCCAGGCGCGGGAUGCUGCCGCCACAAGGUGGUGCGUGAGGAAGGCUCUGCGGCUCCUCAGCCCUCAGGAGUACGGGUCCCUGGACCCGUCCCUGUGA